AUGGCCCGAAAGCGCCGAGCAUCGCCCCGGCCCGCGGCCGCCAAAAAGAGGCGCUCUGAGAGGCUGCGAAAGGAAGAGGACGAGGAAGAGGAGGAGAAGGAGGAGGGUGAGGAGGAUGAUUUUGAAGAGAAAAAGCCCAGUAUAAAAAAGAACUCAAAAGCUCAAGCUAGGAAAAAGGAAAAAGAUUGUGAUACUGAAGUUUCCAACUCAGCAAAAACUUCCAAAUCUCCAAAACGAGAAGAAGCAAAAUCACAAAUAAAAGAAAGUAAAAAGAAUGUUAGAAAUAAAGGGAAUCGUAUCAAAGAGGAAACAUGCAGUGACUCAGUGAAGCAUCCUCAGAAGGAGGUGAAGUUAAAGACAGAAUCUCCUGUUAAAAAAGAGAUGGAUGAAGACAAUACUGACAACGAUGAUGAUGAUGAAAGUGAAGAUGAAUGGGAGGAUGUGGAAGAACUUCAGGAACCUGCUACAGAUAAGUUAGAAGAAGCUGCUGUUCUUCCAUCAGUGGGGCUACCAAGCAAUCCUGUCGAGAUAGAGAUUGAAACCCCAGAGCAGAUGAAGAAAAGAGAGAGGAGAGAAAAAAGGAAAGCUGAGUUUGAGAUGUACCUUCGGAGAAUGAUGAAACGUUUCAGCAAGGAGGUUCGUGAGGACACGCAUAAGGUUCACUUGCUGUGUUUAUUAGCAAACGGUUUCUAUAGGAACAGGAUCUGCAGCCAGCCAGAUCUCCUCGCCAUCGGUCUGUCCAUCGUCCCCGCCCGCUUCACCCAAGUACCCGCGGGCCAAGUGGGCCUUGUCUACCUUUCCAACUUGGUGAAAUGGUUUGUUGGAACCUUCACUGUUGAUGAUGAGCUUUCCACUGAAAAAGGAGAGCCCCUUCAGUCAACGCUGGAGAGGAGGUUUGCCAUCUAUGCUGCACAGGAUGAUGAGGAGCUUGUUCAUAUAUUUUUAAUUAUUCUGCGAGCGUUGCAGCUGCUGUGUCGCCUCGUGCUGUCUUUCCAGCCUAUUCCUCUCAAGGAGACAAGACCAAAGGGAAAGAACUCAUCCAAGAGGCUGUCUCACAGCAGUACCUCUGAGGGGCAGGAGAGUUCUGCCACAACACCCAAAGCUGUGGCAAAAAAAUGCCCCUGCAAAACAGCCAAGCAGGAUGAGAAAUCCUCAGAGGGCAAAGAAAACAACAAGGAACCAAAGAAACCCUGGUCAAAAACUGCCCAGACCGAGAGGACACACAAGUCAAAGCUGACUAAAGGCAGCCAGGAACAGAAGGAAUCAAAUAAUGAGACCAGCUCAGCAGAAAAAGAUGUACCAGUCAGGGCCAAGAACGACCGCCGGAGGCGAGUGGCCUCCAAAGUGUGUUACAAGGAAGAGAGUGGAAGUGAUGAGGGCAGUGCUUCGGAAUUUGAGGUUUCAGAGGAGGAGGAGAGUGAUGUCUCUGAUGAGGAUUUUGAAACUGUCCCUAAAAGGCGGAGGAGCUCCCAGAAUUCAAAGCUGACAACUAUAAAAAGGUCAAAAACUGAGACUUCAGAAACAAGGCUAUCAAAAAAUUCGUGUGGAGCUGAGACUAAGCCAGCAAGAAGUACAACUCCAGCCUUGCCUCACGCACAGAGGAAGAAAAACAAAAUAAUUUCUAGUGAUGAGGAUGAUGGACAGCAGGACGUGAGGAAAGCAAUGGGCACAGACCAGUGGCUGGAGGUUUUCCUUGAGCCUGAGGACAAGUGGGUUUGUGUAGACUGUGUUCAUGGCAAUGUGGGCCAGCCCCAGCUGUGCUUUGCACAUGCCACAAAGCCUCUUUUCUAUGUUGUGGGAUUUGACAACGAUGGGAGUGUCAGAGAUGUGACACAAAGGUAUGAUCCAGUGUGGAUGACCUCAACAAGGAAGAGCCGUGUGGACCCGGAGUGGUGGGAAGAGACACUGCAGCCCUAUGAAAGUCCCUGUGUGGAGAGAGACAAGAAGGAGGAAAAUGAGUUUCAAGUGAAGCUUCAAGAUCAACCUCUACCAACAGCAAUUGGAGAGUACAAAAACCACCCUCUCUAUGCACUGAAGAGGCACCUCUUGAAAUUCCAGGCCAUCUAUCCUGAGUCAGCUGCUAUCUUAGGGUACUGCAGGGGAGAGGCUGUCUACUCCAGAGACUGCAUACACACACUGCACUCCAGAGACACUUGGCUGAAGCAAGCUCGAGUGGUGAGGGUUGGAGAAGUGCCUUACAAGAUGGUGAAAGGAUUUUCCAACCGGGCGAGGAAGGCGCGCCUGGCAGAGCCGGCGAACCGGGACCGGGAGGACCUGGCGCUGUUUGGCCGCUGGCAGACUGAGGAGUAUCAGCCUCCCAUAGCAGUGGAUGGAAAGGUUCCUCGGAAUGAAUAUGGAAAUGUCUAUCUCUUCUUGCCAUCCAUGUUACCUGUUGGCUGUGUACAGCUGAAACUUCCAAACCUGAACAGAGUGGCACGAAAACUGAACAUUGACUGUGCUCAAGCCAUCACUGGAUUUGAUUUUCACGGUGGCUACUCACACCCAGUUACUGAUGGGUAUGUGGUGUGUGAGGAGUAUAAAGAGGUCCUUGUUGCUGCCUGGGAGAAUGAACAAGCAGAAAUAGAAAAGAAGGAGAAGGAGAAGCGUGAGAAAAGGGCUCUAGGGAAUUGGAAGCUGCUGACAAAAGGACUUCUCAUCAGAGAGAGACUGAAGCAACGCUACUCCAUCAAGAAUGAGCCAUCAGCACCUGAGACAGAGAAAGAAGGGGGAUUCUCUUCUGAUGAAGAAGGAGCUGCAAGCUCAGAGAGCGCAGUGGGGAACACAGACAUUUAUUGGCCCCAAAAUCGCCAGCUAGAGAAACAAGGAGAGGAAACAACCAAAAAGAGCAAGCGAGAAAAGAGAGGAGAAGCAGCUCAGUUGUUCCCUUUUGAGAAAUUGUGAUGACAGGAUUUUCAGAUGCAGGAAAAAUUGUCAUGAUAAAAGAAUUCUUUACCAGUUAGGGCCAUAGGGUCUUCCUGUGCACUUGUGUUUCUGAGCUGUCAGGGACCAACCUAAUUCAGCAUCCAGUCUCCUUUGAGAUCACAGCUGUCACUUAGUAUUAGAUUCUUCCUUUUGCCUUGGACUUGGGUGAAGAGCUGCACUUUCUGAGAUCAUUUUGCUUUAUUGGGGUUUGUGCUCUCUUUUGUAUCACUCAGCACUAAUAGUUGAGUUUCCUGAGGCACUCCUGUCAUUAGCAAUCUCUUUUCCCAUUUUUGUUGUUUUCAUUUUCCCCUGCUUGCUCAGAACUAAAGCAGCCAGCUGCUUUUUACCUGUCUGCAGAGAGGUGGCCAAAGGAAUGCUGAUGCCUGCUUUGAUCCAUAGCUUUCCCAAAUCAGUGGUGAGGUAGAGUUCUGGCCUUUCUGUCUCAAGGGGAAAUACUUCCUUUAAGGUCUAAAAAA